UUCCCUCCCCAAACCCCCAAAAAAAGCUUCCCCACACGAACGCUUCUUCUUUAUAACCUUCCCUUUCUCUCCUUCAUUUCAUUUCAUUCUCCAAUGAACCUUCCUCCCUUCAAUCAUGCCUUUCCCGGUAAUGGGUUGCUUCAAAAUCCUGCCUUGAUGCCGCCGCUGCCGCCGCCUCUGCCUUCCAGUGAUGGAACUGCCAUUGUUACUAAAAACAAUGCACCCCGCCGUCACACCAAGCUUUGUGCUAGAGGCCAUUGGAGGCCGGCGGAGGAUGCUAAGCUUAAAGAACUCGUCGCCCAUUAUGGCCCUCAAAACUGGAAUCUUAUCGCUGAGAAUCUCCGUGGAAGAUCAGGAAAAAGUUGCAGAUUGAGAUGGUUUAAUCAAUUGGAUCCAAGGAUAAACAGAACAGCGUUCAACGAAGAAGAAGAAGAACGGCUCGUAACAGCUCAUAGAUUGUAUGGAAACAAAUGGGCUAUGAUUGCUCGUUUGUUUCCUGGUAGAACUGAUAACGCCGUCAAGAAUCAUUGGCACGUAAUCAUGGCUAGAAAACAGAGAAGAUCCUUACGAAAGAUCUUUCAGAAAAACAAUGUUUCCGGCGAAUCCACCAUUUCCAGCACCGUCUCUACCUCCGCCGCCUCAACGGCAUGGGGAAGGUAUGGGGAAAAACAGAGGAGGCGAUGGCGGCGGAGCAGUCAGGGAACUCUGAGUCGAACUCGGAUGUUUCGGCGGCGGAGUCAGUGAUUUCAACGAAUCUGUGCUUAUCAUCUGGGUGGGGAAACGGUCGGCGGCGGCAGGAUCAUAUGAAAAUGGAGUUCAUUGAUUUCCUUGGAGUUGGAGCUUCUUGAAAUAAAAACCAUUGCUUUAGUACACACUCCCUGUUUCUCAAACAUUCAUACACAAACUGUUCCUCUGUUUCCUUUAUGAAAAGCAGAGUAUAAAUGUAAACAAAAAAAACUACCUCUUUCUCUCUCUAUAAUGUACAGUGAGAAAUUGAGGAGAGCGAGAAGAUAAGAACUCUGUUUUUUGUUGGGGCGGUCGGAAAAACUAGGUGGAAAGACAGGACUUGUCGGACAAGCUGUUGGUGGGGGAGUGUCUGUAUUUCCAUAGCUCACUUUCAAAAGCCAAGAAGAUAUUAAGGAAUUUUUUUUUUU